GACGCCUCCAAAUAAUUUAAAACUUAAGUGGACCCCACUUACCUGGAGAAAAAUAUUUUCAUGUCCCAUGAUUGAUCCGAGACCACCUCCAGCAAGGCAAUGUCCACUUGUGAAGCAAGAAGAAAACAAGUGACAUAUAUCUCUGUACGUGUCAAGCGAAAGAAGACAGGACGAUGGUAAUAAUGCAAACUGCAGGGAUUCUUUACACUUAUCUCCUCUCAUUCUGGCUUCCAGAAACUGGAGUUCAAGUUCAUCCCUGCCCAGGCUGCAGCUAACAGGUUCCACGCUAAAUUUCAACUGUCUUCAAUGGAGGAAGACUUGAGCCAAUCAGCAAAACUACCGGACACCUGCAACAUGGAACCACAAGCAAGUGAAGCGGAAAGCGACCUAGAAAACAAUUCUCUACACCAGCCACUUCUCAAGAGAAACCGAACACUUUCUUCCACUCCCUUGGCCAUGGUUGGAGCUAAGGUCUCUCAUAUUGAGAGCUUGGACUAUGAAAUAAACGAGAAUGAUCUCUUCAGGCAUGACUGGAGAAGCAGAACAAAAGUCCAAGUAUUGCAAUAUAUUUUCUUGAAGUGGACACUAGCUUUCCUAGUCGGCCUUCUUACGGGUUUAAUUGCCACGCUCAUCAAUCUAGCAGCUGAGAAUAUUGCCGGGUACAAGAUUCUUGCCGUGAUCAACUACAUAGAGGAAGAAAGGUACCUAACGGGCUUUAUUUAUUUCACUGGUGUUAAUUUCAUUCUGACUACGGUUGCCGCUAUUCUGUGUGUGUGUUUUGCACCCACUGCGGCUGGUCCUGGCAUCCCAGAAAUCAAAGCUUACCUGAACGGAGUAGACACUCCUAACAUGUUUGGUGCUACAACAUUGGUUGUCAAGAUCAUUGGAAGCAUUGGAGCUGUCUCUGCAGGCUUAGAUUUGGGUAAAGAAGGGCCAUUGGUGCAUAUUGGCAGUUGCAUUGCCUCUUUACUAGGCCAAGGGGGGCCUGACAAUUAUCGCAUAAAAUGGCACUUGCUCCGUUACUUUAAUAAUGAUAGAGACAGGAGAGAUAUCAUCACCUGUGGUGCCUCCUCAGGUGUAUGUGCAGCUUUCAGGGCACCAGUGGGUGGUGUCCUCUUUGCCCUCGAAGAGGUGGCUACAUGGUGGAGAAGCGCCCUCCUCUGGAGAACUUUCUUCAGCACAGCAGUUGUGGUGGUGGUUCUUAGAGCUUUUAUGGAAUACUGCAAAUCUGGCAAUUGCGGACUAUUUGGCCAGGGAGGGCUAAUUAUGUUUGAUGUAAGUGAUGUCACCGUGAGAUACCAUGUCAUGGACCUCAUCCCUGUCACAGUCAUAGGUGUUAUUGGCGGAGUUUUGGGAAGCCUGUACAACCACCUUCUCCACAAAGUCCUCAGACUUUACAAUCUCAUAAACGAGAAAGGAAAAAUAUAUAAGCUCCUUCUAAGUCUCACAGUCUCAUUGUUUACCUCAGCUUGCCUAUAUGGAAUUCCUUUUCUUGCCAGUUGCACACCCUGUGACUCCUCCCUUCCAGAAUCUGCAUGCCCCACCACUGGACGAGCAGGCAACUUCAAGCAAUUUAAUUGCCCAGAUGGCUACUACAAUGACUUAUCCACUCUCCUCCUGACCACCAAUGAUGAUGCUGUCCGGAACAUCUUUUCCACUAACACCCCGACAGAAUUCCGUAUCUUCUCCCUUGUCAUCUUUUUUGCACUGUAUUGCAUGCUGGGACUCUUCACCUUCGGCAUUGCUGUUCCUUCUGGGCUCUUCCUCCCUGUCAUCCUUAUGGGCUCAGCUUAUGGCCGCAUGCUUGGUGUUGCCAUGGGAUCGUACACAAACAUUGACCAAGGGCUUUAUGCCGUUCUGGGUGCAGCUUCGCUCAUGGCUGGUUCAAUGAGGAUGACUGUUUCCCUUUGUGUUAUAUUUCUUGAACUCACCAACAAUCUGCUCUUGCUACCCAUAACAAUGAUUGUUCUUCUGAUUUCCAAAACUGUUGGAGACUGCUUCAAUCCAAGUAUUUAUGAGAUUAUUCUGGAGCUGAAAGGUCUGCCUUUCUUGGAUGCUAAUCCUGAGCCAUGGAUGAGAAACAUUACAGUAGGUGAGCUUGCAGAUGCAAAAUCACCAGUAGUCACCCUUAAUGGGAUUGAAAAGGUUGGUCAUAUUGUGGAUGUCCUCAAAAACACUACACACAAUGGAUUUCCCGUUGUAGAUGAGGGGAUGGCACCUUCUGUGGGCUUGGCAGAUGGUGCAACUGAACUGCAUGGCAUAAUACUGAGAGCUCACCUAGUUUUAGCACUCAAGAAGAAGUGGUUCCUCCAGGAAAGAAGGAGAACAGAGGAGUGGGAAGUGCAAGAGAAAUUUACCUGGGUUGAUCUGGCUGAACGGAAGGGAAGGAUUGAAGAAGUUGUUGUUACAAAGGAUGAAAUGGAGAUGUAUGUUGAUUUGCAUCCUCUGACUAACAGAACACCUUACACGGUGGUAGAGAGCAUGUCUGUGGCAAAAGCUCUGGUGCUCUUCAGGCAAGUGGGGCUGCGACAUAUGCUCAUUGUACCACAAUAUCAGGCAGCAGGGGUUAGUAAUCUAGCAUAUCACAUACACUUCUUCUCAACCACAAAAUACUACAUCAAUGAGGGACUUUACCCAGUGUUUUACUUUUGAGAUCCAAAGUUUGAUGGGUGUCUCCAGUGGUGGGGAUCUUGACCAGGCAAGACCUCAGGGCUCACAACAUUUUGAGUGCUUUUCCUCUUCUGGCAAAGACUAAGGGAAGGGAAAAAAGAAACUGAAUCCCUUUAAACAGACGAGAGCAAAACGGGUUUCCUAAAACAUUGCAUUCUUUCACUAUUUUUUUUCACUGUUACUUUCCAUAUUGAUUUCAAUCAAAUUUUAAAGGGAAUGACAAACACAUGUAUAAGUAUGUCUUGAAGUGUUAGUUUAGUUAUUAUUAUUCAGUCAAUAAUAUACAAAUUCAUUUUCAUCAU